UUUAGUGCAUCUAUCCUUUAAUUCAUCUAUCCUUUGUAGGGGAGCCGUAGAAAUUAAGAAAAGAAAGUUUAGAAGUUUAGUAUUUAAAUUAAUAAAGAUUUGUCUGCUCACAACAAUUACCCUGCCGCUGAAAACAUUCCAUUCUGCCUAUUAUUCAAGUAGAAAAAAAUCUGAAAUUGUUGUUAUGCCGAAUGAAUUUCCAGUUCGAAAUGUUUUCAAAGCAAAUAUUUACAAAGAAGACGUGACGAUAAACAAAUUUGUAAAAAAAUUAUUUGACGAUUCUGUGGGACCAUUUAAUAGACUGCAACUAAGCAAAGAAGAAUUUGUUCUCCUUCGCGCUAUAAUUUCAUCACAUUUUGCCUCAACUGGCUUAAGUCAGUAUGGCCGACAAUUAUUACUAACUGAGGCAGAGAAAUAUUCUGAUAUGUUGAUGAAAAUGUUGCAGGUGUUUUAAAUUGUUUAUAAACUUUUCAAAGUUUUCGCUUUCGGUGUUGGAAAGAGAUGAAGUUGGGAAGUCGAGAAAUUUGUGCGUGAUAUAGCGCUUACAAAAAGGGGUAAAGGUUUGGAUUAACUGGGUAUUGGAGGAGGGGAGUUGUAUAGGUCUUUGGAGAGAAUAUCGUGUUAUCGCGGUUCCUUUGUUCCCUCCUUAUCCCUCUUAAUCUCUCCAAAUUCACUAAUAUUCUCAGUAAUCACCCUGUAUACUAAUCCCUCUAAAUCAGUAUCGAUCUAAACCCUUUAUCAUAAAAUCGUUCGGCACUCACUUCAUUUAGGAAUACUUCAAUUGGUAAAAUUCCGUCAUACGUCCCGGAAACCGAUUCAGACAAACAAUAUGUCAUUUGAAAGAGCUCGGCGAGCUGAGUCGAAUGACACCAAAAUUAGGUCCCGGUCUCACUUAUG